AAUGUGAUUAUACUUAACUGAAAAAAAAAAAAUAGAGAUAAUAAUACACGUAAUGUUAUCUUAAUUAUAACAAGUUACAUAGUAGAUAAAUAUGUAAUCUACUAAUACUAUUUUUAUCUAAUAAAUAUUAUAAGGGCAUAGAGCUGCGAACAGUGGCAUUGCGGUGGUCAACAUUCCAAUAUUUUAGUUUUAUUUUAGUGAUUAAAAAUAGAAAAAUAACUUAUUUAGUAUUUUUAGUAUACCAAAAAAAUUAUCCAUAUUCAUACAGUUGUAACUAUUGAAAUGAAAAUAAUCCAAACAAUUCUAGUUUUUUGGAAAACGUGAAAUUAACUAAAUUUAACGAAUCGGGUCAAGAGUAAAGUAUUAUUCUAGCACACUGAUUUUGAACGUGUGAAUAGUUUCAUAAAGUAAGUAAUACUCAAACCAUGUAAAUGGCUGAACGACUAGAACUUCAAAAUCUGGUAAUCGAGACGGAUACACCAUCGACAAGUUCGCCAGUAACGCCAAAUGUCACGUCGUCUCCAAAAAAGCAAAUAAAAAUUCUCGGAUUAUUGUUGGCUGCCAUAUCAUCCUUAUUUUUCUCUCUGUCUUCGUUAAUAGUCAAAUGGCUCAAAGACAUGGACCCAUUAGAAUUGGCUGCCAUUCGUUUUGUUGGAAUACUACUUCCUUCACUACCCAUACUGAUCUAUAGUAAACAGAAUCCAUUUCCCAAAGGACAACGACUCAUGUUACUACUUCGUGCAUUUUCUGGGGCCACUGCUUUGUCUCUCACUUUCUACGCCAUCAGACACAUGCCCUUAGCUGAUGCUUCGGUAAUUGUAUUCAGCGUGCCUGUUAUAGUCGCAAUAUUUGCUAGAAUAUUUCUCAAGGAACCAUGUGGACUAUUUCACUACUUAACAUUGUUCUUAACAAUGAUUGGAGUCUUGUUGAUCACAAGACCUCCUUUCUUAUUUGGGCAUUCAACCAAACAAUACAAUUUUUUAGGUCCAUUAGCUGCUUUGCUUUCGACAUUUUUUGCAGCUAUUGUUUAUAUACUAUUAAGAGCUUUGAAGAACUUACAUUUCAGUGUUAUUAUGGUGACGUUUGCCGCUUAUUCUAUCAUUCAAACAUCUACCAUGGCUUGGGCUACAGGAAACUUGUGUUGGCCAAAAUGCGGUACUGAGAAAAUUUUAGUAAUCGCUUUGGGUGUGUUCAGUUUCUCUGGACAAAUAUGCUUAACCAUUGCAGCCCAACUAGAGGAAGCAGGAUUGGUGGCUAUUGCAAGGACUGUUGAUGUGGUGUUUGCUUUUGUGUGGCAGAUAAUAUUUUUCAACGAGGUACCUAAUAUUUUCAGUAUUAUAGGUGCUGUGUUGGUGACUUCAUCAGUUAUACUGAUUGGCCUUAGAAAGUGGAUGAUGUCCAUGCCAUCUACAUCUAGCAUCAGAAAAAGAUUUGGAUUUCUAUUUUUAUGACAGCUACAUUUCUUUUAUUAAUUAUUAAACUAUUGAUCAGCCUAGCAUCAGUUAUACGAUAAAUUAAAAUAAUGAAAUCACUUAAUGUUUGUUAAAUAUAUAUUAUAAAGUAUUAAAAUUUGAUGAAAAUCAAAUGAACAUAAUUUAAUCAGCUCAAUCUUAGUAUACACUUACUUACUUUUUUAGUUGUGAAUCUCAACAUACCAUUUUAAGACUUGUAUUUUAGAAACAACAGUUUGUGAUCGUUAAUUAUUUCAUAAGUUUUCAUAUUAAUGUUAGAUUAAAAUUGAACAAAUUAAAAAUUGUGUUUUUUUGCAAUUAAUUAAAAUUACAUUUUUUAUACAGUUUCAUUAAUAAUACAAGAACAUUUUUAUAAAAAUAUGUCAAAUUAAUUCUUUUUAUAAUUGAACUAUAUUUCUAGAAAUAGAAAACUUUAAAAUGUCUAGUCAACAUGUAAUCAAAAUGUAAAUUAUUUUUAUAUAUUAGAUACUUGUAAAACAUAAGUUAAAGGUUAGGUUAAACAAUUUUUUUUUAUUGUCAUUAUAAUUGUACAGUUCAAAUACUUAUUUAAUUACAAAUUAAAUUUGACAGUUGUUUACAAUAUUAUUGAAACUAUUUGUACUUACACUUCUCGGUAAUUUAUAUAAAUUAAAAACUAGUCAUUAACACAAAACACUUACGAAUUAAUAUAAAUUGUAACAAAAAUAAUAAAUAAUACAAGUUAUUUAGUAUAUUCCAAUGGUAAUAGUUUAAGUGAAAUUUCAUGAUUAUAUAAAAAUAAUAUUGUUAAUUUUAACUAGAAUUACUUAUCUUGGUUGUUAGUUAAUUGUUGUAUAAAAAGUUUGUAUUAACACUAUUAAUUAUCACCUGUGAGAAAAUACAAGAAUAUAUUAGAUUCUGAGCGGAGUCAUGAAUUUACCUA